UUUUUUGUUUAAAGGAACUCUCUUCUUAACGAACAUCCAGUUUAUGUGGAAAUCAGCCUUCCUGAUUAGUCUGUUCGAAUGGUACCGGCUAAUCUGGGGCGACACUACGCAAUUACAUUAAGACAAAUUUUCCCAGAACGAGGCUCAUUUAUAUCUAUAACUUUCUCUGUUCUUUUCCAACAAGGGUCUGCGAGUCACAUGUUGGGAGGAUUAAAGGGCCCCAAUACAUCUUCCUGGAUCCGCAAAAAUGUGUGACGUUGGAAAUCAUUUUACACGAGAUUGGACACGCCAUUGGCCUAUACCAUGAGCACACGAGGGCAGACCGGGACAAUUACGUCACUGUACAUUAUGAAAAAAUUGACAACGACUCCCACUACAACUUUGACAAAUUCAACGCGACCCAAUAUCUCGAUUUCAACAAGCCGUAUGACUAUCACAGCAUAAUGCAUUACGGCAAAAACUUUUUCGCCAACUCACGCAACGCUAUUUCGUUGGAACCGACAAACGAAUAUUAUUUGAAUAUAAUUGGAGAAGCGAAACUCCUCAGCUUCCAUGAUGUACAAAUUGUGAGCGCCAUGUAUAAGUGUAAAGAGAAGUGUCCUCACGUAGAAUGCCCUAAGGGUGCAUUUGUCGGGAAAAACUGCGAAUGCUUAUGCAAGGGACCACCCAAAGAUCCAGUUCAACGAUGCAACCACCCGAAAAAUAUGGCAUUAGUGCCCUGUAAACCCCCGCCUAUUGACAUGGACACCUACUUCGUGAAAUCAAUCGGAAAGGUGUCACUGGAUGAUCUGUCUCGUACCCAGUACCCAGACGGAACAGUUCUCAUGGUGGAGAAUCCCCUGUGCUCCAACCAAGGGACCGGAAACUAUACCUGUCAAGACGGUGAAUGGGUGGUCAAUAUCAACUGCAAACCAGAUCGGUGUGUGUACGAUAGCAUCCGCUAUGAAUUCGAACCGAAUAUUACAGCGCAUGGACUUGGCCCAACCGCGGAAUACGUCAACACGGGUACACAUGUGCACGUAGAGUGCAGAGCACCAAAAAGGACCCAAGGGUAUGAUUCUGAAUGCAGAGAUUCCAUUUGGGUUCCAGAAUUGCCGAGUUGUGAUGCAGAUCGUUGUGUGUACGACAGGACCCGAUAUGUCUUCAAACCGAACAUUACUUCGGACGGCGUAAGUGGAACCACUGAAUACGUCAACUCGGGAACAUUCGUUCACGUAGAAUGCAUUGCACCGAAAGGGAUACCAGGUUAUGACUCUAAGUGCACAGACUCGCUUUGGGUUCCAACUCUGCCAAAUUGCGAUGCAGCUGUCGAUUGUAAGAUAGAGAACUUCGAUGUUCGCAACGUGGAGGUAUUGUUGAACGGCACGGUGCAAUCGGAUGGUGAUGUUGUCCCAGAUGGCAGCUCGGUGCAGGCACGGUGUAAAGGGUCAAACGAACAAAAUAGCCCGAUUAAUGAAUCCCAGUCCGAUCUGGUUUGUCACAAAGGACACUUGAAAGGUCAAAUUCCCAGACAAUGUCCAGCAGCAUUAUUCGCUUGCCCCAUUGUGCAGUUCGCCAACACGAGUGGCCCAUUUCAUUACGGCUACGAUGUAAAGUGCUUCAAUAAAUACGAAAUGCAGCCAAACUUGCAAGCUCGCUUUCAGUGCGACUGGAAAGGAGACUGGAAGCCAUUCGUACCAAGAUGUAUCCCUAAAUCAUGCCAAGUUAUCUACGGCAAUGCAAACGUCAAAGUGCAACUAAUGGAUGGAUCGCAUAUAAGCCCAAACUCAAGAAUCAGCAGUGGUCAGAAUAUCUCUAUGUCUUGCACGCAGAAGGGUAACGUUCCUGACCAACUGACGCUGACAUGUGACCACGGUGUAUACAAUGAGACAGGCGAAACAACGCUCCCUGUGUGCAAACUAGUCAAGUGUAUGCCACCUCCUUUAUCGGGCGCUGUAAUGUACCGUCCAAUGAAUAAUAGCUACGUAUUCAAGGACACUGUAGGAAUACAACGUUGCCAGGGUAAACUAUGGUUUCAAGGUGACCAGCGUUUAACGUGCACAGCAGACGGCACUUGGAACGGGACAGCAACAUGCACACCGUACUGUCAACAUGGCGCUGAGAAAUGGGAGGAAAGGCAGAAUUCUGAUCUGAUAAAACAUACUAUCAGAAACAUUACCGUGGAAUCAUACCAGGAGUGCCUUACCUUUUGCAAAAACUAUGACCGUGUUCUGUGCCGCGCGUUCGCAUACGGAUUUGACCAGGGAAAGCGCAGAUGCCGAAUCACGUAUGCAAACCCAAGCAGUCCAAACGCCAAAGAUAUGUUGGGCGCAAGGCAACUCUGGUCGGUGUGGUCUCGAAAGUGCGACUAAAUUACAAUAAUUUUGCUCUGGGACAUAUACAGUGAAAGAGCUUGAACAUGCAUACUUGUGUAUACCUUUGCACACGAUGAUCUGUUGGUCCGGUUUGAUUAUUGUUUUCAUGCAAAUUUCACGUGUAUGUAUCUUUGCUUGAUAUUAACAAUUUGUGCAAGGCUGUUUGUUAUGUAAAUAAAUAAAAUCAUAUCUGCUUUA